UAUAAAGUAUUUGUUAUGUUAUUGUAAUUAGCAAAACCAAUCCAAUUUAUAAGCCAAUGGCAUCCUCGUUUAUGUCGUCUAUUAAACAGACGGUUUCUUCUAAGCCGUAUGCAGGGAUAAAUAGUAUUAGCUCAUGCUCAAAUUACAACAGAUCUCAUCUGUUAACGCUGAGUUGCAAGGGUUAUGUCAAUCCAAGUUUUCGAUUAUACUCAAACCAAAAGCGUUUGAGACAUCUCACAAGAGCAAGAAAACUAGAUGAGAAAGAAGAGGACGAGGACAAUGAAUACUAUGCAGGAGAGGAGGAGGAUGACAAAGAAGAGGACAAAGACGAGUAUCGAGCAGAGGAGGCAGUUCUAAAACUAUACACCGACAUCAAAGACCGAAACAUCAAUGGAGUAUCAGAAGUUAUUGGAGAUGAAUGCCAAUGCUUUUGCAACUUCUUAUCUUCUUACCGACUCUUGCAAGGCAAGAAGCAAGUGGUGGCUUUCUUUUACUGGUUGAUGAUGAACCUGGGGAAAGAUAUCAAGAUUAUUGUUAGACCAACCUCCAAAGAUGGCAUGACCGUUGGUGUUCAAUGGCAACUCGAAUGGGAGAAGUCAAACAUCCAAUUGGGGAAGGGAGUCAGUUUCCACAUGUGCCAUAUCUACCAGGGAAAACUGUUGAUAAAGAAUGUGGAGAUGUUCAUGGAGCCAAUCUUUCACAUUGAGCCUAUUAGACUUAGAACUAUGGCGUUUGCAGUGAGCUUGGCUGAGAAGAUGUUCAUUUUCCUAAGACCAGUAGAAAACAUAAGGAGACAAGCAAUGACACUUCUCCUUCUUGCUCUUCUGUUGCUUGCUGCAGUCGUUUUCUACUUCACCCAACCAAGACUAUAAGACUAAAAAUUACAGCAAACACCAUGGAAGAUAGCAGAUUAAAGAAAACCAUAAGAGUAUAAGGUUUUGUCAAUCAAAAAUGAAUCUUCAAUGUAUCAAUUCACAUCAUUUUUAAGGCAUCAAACAGGACAUUUUGCGGAUGCACAACAUUACCAAUCAGAGUCAUAGUUUAAAAACAUUAUUAAGAUGCAAAUAUAUUUUUUUUCUUUCUAAAACAUUCAUGGGUAAAUAGCGUUAAAUACAAAACAUCUACGCAAUAUACACUAGAGUUUUCAGUACUUCGAAUAUUACAGAUUCCCUGAAGACUGUAAAAUAUUUAAAUAAGAUAUCAACCUAAACCAUUUUCAUACACAGCCAACUAAACAAAGAACCAAAGGAAGAUGAAGAUAAGCAUUAAAGGAAGU